GUACUUGGUUGUGGUCGGAGCGAAAAAGCUAGGAAGGAAAGGAAACAUCUAGCAUCGUAGAUAAACACCCUAUAGAGGUGUGAACCCAUCGAACACACAGCUGUCCCAAUACCACGAGAACAGUAAAAAGGCCAGCUUGAGUCCUUCAUACAGCGAGGGUCAACAUGUCCGAGACAUACGACUUCCUGUUUAAGUUCCUGGUGAUUGGCAGUGCUGGGACGGGGAAAUCCUGCCUCCUCCACCAGUUUAUUGAAAACAAGUUUAAACAGGACUCCAACCACACCAUCGGCGUGGAGUUUGGUUCCAGAGUGGUCAACGUCGGUGGAAAGACGGUCAAACUGCAAAUCUGGGACACCGCUGGGCAGGAGCGAUUCCGUUCGGUUACACGCAGCUACUACAGAGGAGCAGCUGGGGCGCUUCUCGUCUAUGAUAUUACCAGUCGGGAGACAUAUAAUGCUCUAACCAACUGGCUGACAGAUGCACGGACUCUGGCGAGCCCCAACAUUGUUAUUAUCCUGUGUGGCAACAAGAAAGACCUGGAUGCAGACAGAGAGGUGACCUUCCUGGAAGCGUCGCGCUUUGCUCAGGAGAACGAGCUGAUAUUCCUGGAAACCAGUGCUCUGACAGGGGAGAAUGUCGAGGAAGGAUUCCUGAAAUGUGCUCGCAUCAUCCUCAACAAGAUAGAUUCAGGUGAAUUGGAUCCAGAGAGGAUGGGUUCAGGUAUCCAGUAUGGAGAUGCUUCAUUGAGGCAGCUGCGACAGCCGAGAGGCACCACCACACAGAAUAAACAGCAGUGUAAUUGCUAGGGAUCGUCCCCACCCUCACCUCAGCCCACAGGCCCAUACAGACAGGACGCCCCCUACAGCUCCAGGUGUUUUUUGGUGUGUGGGACCCUCCUCUCUGCAGUCUCACACACCUCGGAUCACCUGGAUGAGUGGUCAUGAAGAUCACUGCAACCCCUCUGCCGCUGUGUCUGGGCAGGGAAAUCCCUCAGUGUGAACAUGCUCGGAUCAUAACGAAGAGGAACCCUCUUCUUAAAAAAUAUGGUUUCUCAGUUAGUUACCGGAAAAGGACGAGUCAAGGGUUGUGUGUAUGGGCUGCCCUACUGUUGUUUUAUCGCUGUGCUUUUAAUUCUGGUUUUAGUAACAUCUACAUGCUUUCUACGUUUGCACAUCAUUGUCUGUAAAUUAUUAUUGGUGAAUUUUGCGCAUAUUUAUCAUUCAGCCUGUCCAGAUAUCAUUCAUAAUUAGUUUGGUCAGCGCUUUUGAGUUUUAACAUUCGUAUAGCCCCCAUUGAUAUUUUUUUGCUUUUUAUUAUCCUUUGAGUCCCUUAACUGUACUUUCCAUAAACUCAGCCUGUCAUUGAUAGUGAUAAACAGUCUAAAUGUGUCCUCUUAUAAGUAAAAUAAAGUGAAAAGAUUUUGGUUUAGAAUCUCUGUAGAAAUAUGGAAAACCAGGUAUAAUCCAAAUCUUUGUAAAGGUUUCUGCAGUAAUUGUUCCCAAUCCAAAUGGAAGCAGCUAAUCGGUGAGUUAAAGUGAAGUUAAGAUGUUUAAAGUCAUACAGCCCCACAUGUAGAGCCCAAUUCUUUUAGUCACUCAGAGAAGUGCGUUAUAUUGAGUCAUCUGACUUUUUGGUUUUAUUUAAAUGCACUAUGACAUAGUGUUGGCCAUAGUAAUAUACCUGACAUUGUGGAUCUACAGUAUGUUAUUCCUGGUCAGCAUGUCUGAAAUGUCAAAGGGAAUGGUCCAGUCACUCCGCUCUACAUCCACAUAGACGAGCCUGUGGUUCAGGCUUAAAGCACAAAAAAAAGAGAUUUUGCUCUUUAUUUUCCUCCAAAGUUUCCUCCAAAGUUCCCAAAGUCUCAGUGUCUCUGGUCGUAUAAGAGUGGAAGGUUAAGAAAAGACAAUCUUUGCAAAUCACUCCUCCUGCUGGCACUGUGCUCCAUUUUCUUGACCUCCCUUUAAUUCAUGCUGUACUUAGUAUAUAAAGGACGUCAUAGGAAACCACAGUUGGUUUUGCCUCGGUGCCAUGUUUGGGAAACGUUUAUACUGCCCACUCAGUUCCCUCAUAGAGGCUUAAAGUUCUUAAUGUACUUAAUCAUGCAAGGUUGAGCGCCUUGAUAAAAGUCUGCUUUUUAACCUUUCAAGUAGGUUUCACUUCUCUUUGUCAAGUAAAGAAGCAGCUUCAAAAUAUUAUUGAGUUUGCCGAGCCGCCCCAGAUGUUUUCUCGUUAGAACAGACCCUGUGUUGCCCCCAGAGAGAAACAGGGAAUUUCCACCAAAACGAGGUUUCCUCUUUCCGCACUAACACUGACAGCAUGGUUUGUGGUGCUGCUGGAGGAGAAUGAGGUUGCGAGCUAAUAAGUUAAAAAAAUUUAAAAAAAGAUCCCUGAACUCUCCCGGCCUACUGUUGAGUCAAAGGCACUGCUUCGGUCUGAACCACUGAGAGCAGGUCACACUGACCCAGCCAAGGGGAGGUCAAAGCAAACUUCCUGCAAAGCCUGUUUCUCAAGUGUUAGCAUAUGUCUUCCCAGACAAACCUGUGCGUUUUAAGCUCAAGUGAGCAAACACACUUAUGGGAAAAAAACAUGGUGAGUCGUGCAAAGAUGAGAUAGUAUAGGAUAUCAAGAGACAGAUGGUUCAUAAAAUAUUGGCAUUGUGUGAUAGUGUGUCUCCUUCUGCAAGUGCACUUUUACUUUUGAAUGUUCAUGUUUGUUUUUGUUUAUAUGCUGCAACUAUAGAAUUGCACAUUUUAUUUUACUUGAACAGUAUACUGUAAUAAAGUCUUUUAAUUGUAGAUGUUAUCAUUUCUUACUAAAUAACAACUGAGAAUCUUAACUUUGAUUUCCUUGUUUCUGCUGUGACGUGGCAAGGCGGUUGGAGUGGUGAUAAGGUCACUGUUGCCUGAGGUUUGAUUUCUUUAUGGCCCACUGCUGGCGUGAAGGUACCCAUGAAUGGAUGUUGACUUCCUGAGCUGUAGGAGGCCAUCAGCAGCAACUCUGAUCACUCAUUUUCACUCAAGUUGUCGUGGCGAUUGAAUACUGCUGAAUCAGUUAUCAGCUCGCAUUCAUCUGUAUGUAUUUUUGUAGUUUGUGAUGAGCAUUCAUCAAAACGGCCAUAUGAUAAGCACUUUUCUGACUUCAUCCAGUCGGGAUUCAAUCAUGUGAUGAAACGCAAUCCAACUCAGUUGUUGCUUAGUAACUGUUAUAUAAUCAACCAUAAAUCCUACUGUACAUCUCAAGUAACCUAUGCUGUAAAUAAGAUUUGUCUAUUGAGGGUGUGUUGCUCAUUGAUUGUAAUGAUUAUGCAAUUCCCAGUAAACUGCUUGUUUUUUCAGUUAAUACCA